AUGCCCCACGACGCCGCCCUAGUCAUCACGUUGGAGCUUGCAGGAACUACCUUUACGAAAAUUCUCGUAGACACCGGAAGCACCGUCAACGUCGUUUCACAAAAGAUACUGCGAUCGAUUAGCCAACCGACCCCAGUAAUCGAUCACGAAAUGACUCCCCUCAAUAGUUUCGAAGGAAAGUCGGUCCGGUCACUCGGGAUUGUGCCACUAACCACCAAUACUUACGACGUCGAACUAGAGAUCCGGUUCACCGUAGUUGAUCAUUUCAUGCCGUUCGACGCCAUCGUAGGACGUCCCUGGCUACACCAGAUGGGGUCCCUUCGGUUUAUCACCAAUGCUUGA